AUGCAGUCCCUAUUUGACACAGGAUCUGUCGGAGCAUCUGCUUCUCCUAACUUUGAUGCUACGCAGACCCCUCCACCAACCCUGAGCAGUACUCAGGCUCGUCCUCCUACCGAGUACUCGGAUCAGACAAUGAACCCUUCGAUCGUUGCCAUGUUCGAGAGUCUUCAGGAGUCGCAGCAGGAUAUCGAACGAGCCCAUCCUUGGCGUAAAUCAGCUCAUUCUAUGCAAGAACGCUAUCAGGAGAUCUGUCCGCUUUGUUCAACUCAGUCGAAAUUUUGUCAAGCACCGUCUCACUACCCCAACGAUCCCAGGCGCGUGGAGUUGCGUGACGCAGCAUCUGGCAUUGAUAAUGAUAUACACUUCAUUCGUGGCAUGAUGGAGUCUGACCUCCGUGUCCCCCUAUGCUGUGCCAUCAUCAACAAUACUCUCAACAUGAACAGCCUUUCCACCGCCUUCCUCCAGGGACGGUACAGUUCUCUCCUUGAUGAGUGGCACACCGCAUGGGCUAAUUCCGGGUACCACCCCAACCGCCACCCUGGUGACUACAUCGGCCUUGCCAAAGCCCACUCGACCCGCGCCACCGUUGCUGGAAUUAUGAUGAAUCAUCCCGACUUCAACCUCGGCCAAAUUAAUCCUCGCCUCACUGCUCUAUGCGACCGCAUCGCUCAGAUCAUAUCCUCGCUUGUCCCUCAACCUCUGUUGAGUAUCGCGGUUCGCAUGACUGUGUCUCCUCAGGACUCUAGCGCCACAUAUCCCAAGUACCGUCAAGAUACUCACAAUGAUGAAAGCAACAUCAUCUACGAGGACGACAAGUUCGAGCCCGGUGCCAAGAAAGUUGUCAAUUUUGUCAUCGUCCCCCUUAUCGAAGAGAGAUCCUUUGAAGAGACCGGUGUUCGCAGUGUUGUGUUGCAGAGGUCCGAGGUUUUCGCCCUGUUGAAGACCGCCUCUGUUACCAGCGAGGAGCUCAGAAUUCGUCACGAGCUUUACGAGUGA